UCUGAGGAAGAGAGAGCACGAUAGCAGAGAGUGGGAAAGCGAUGAGGAAGAGAAGUAUCGGAAGCGACGGAAACCAGACGAUGUUGAAACCAAUGCGGAUGAAGAGGCAAUGGACAUUCCAGAGGAUGAGGAUGAAAGAAAAGAACGAGAUAGAAUACAGGACAUGAAGGAACGAGAUGCGUUUGCUGAGCGGGUGCGUGAAAAAGAUCGGGAAAAGACAAAAAAGGUCGUCGAGGAUCGCUCCUCUCGUAAUGCAGGUGCGGCGGCCGAGGCUGCACAACGUCGACAACUGGCAGAUGACGCUGAAGCGCGGACGCAUGCACUUCCUUCACUGCGGUUACACUCUCGGCAGGAAUACCUAACCAAACGUGAGGUACAGCAGAUUGAGCUCCUGAGGAAGGAGAUCGCGGACGAGGAGGCCUAUUUCCAUGGAAUGAAGGUCACGAAGCAGGAGCAGGAGGACUUGGAACGCAAGAAAGAGAUUCUGCGGCUUGUCGAGGAGCGUCUCAAGAUCAACGACAAGUGGGAUGGUUACAUGCUACCUGAAGACUACAUUACGGAGCAGGGCAAAAUCGACAAGGAGAAAAAGCAGAAUGCACUUUACAAGCGAUACGAAGAGGCCAAGCCCAAGGAUGACCAGUUUGUCACAGAUGUCGACCAGUGGGAGGCUAGUCAAACGCUGCACAGCACAUUUCGGACGGGCGCUAUGGACAAAAGGGAGGUCCCCGACGAUUACGAGUACGUGUUUGAUGAGAGCCAGACCAUUAAGUUCGUCAUGGACCAGACGCUCAAGGGGGAGGGAAUGAUGAGUGCCAAGGACAAGAUCUUGCACCAACAAAUUCAAGAGGCUGAAAAACGAGCGCAAACCAUCGAUGAAACUCGCAAAUCUCUGCCAAUAUACACAUACCGAGAACAACUGCUGGAGGCCAUUAAGGAGCACCAGGUGCUUAUUGUCGUCGCCGAGACCGGCUCAGGCAAGACAACUCAACUUCCGCAGUACCUGCACGAAGCCGGGUACACAGCCAACGGACAGAAAGUGGGUUGCACACAGCCUCGUCGUGUGGCUGCAAUGUCCGUAGCGGCACGCGUCGCUGAGGAGAUGGGUACCAAAGUUGGGUACGAAGUAGGCUAUUCCAUCCGAUUUGAGGACUGCACGAGCGACAAGACAGUGCUCAAGUACAUGACGGACGGAAUGCUCCUUCGAGAGUUCCUGACUGAACCAGACUUAGCCGGAUAUGCAGCACUGAUUAUUGACGAGGCACACGAGCGGACUCUGAGUACGGAUAUUCUUUUUGCUCUCGUCAAGGAUAUUGCAAGAUUCAGGCCUGAGCUGAGAUUGUUGAUCUCAAGCGCGACCAUGGAUGCUGAGAAGUUCAGCGAGUACUUUGACAAUGCACCGGUAUUUUAUGUCCCUGGGCGUCGAUACCCGGUCGACAUUCAUUACACGCCACAGCCAGAGGCCAAUUACCUGCACGCAGCCAUCACUACCGUCUUCCAGAUCCAUACAACACAGCCCAAAGGUGACAUCCUUGUGUUCUUUACGGGCCAAGACGAAAUUGAAGCAGCUCAAGAAAAUCUGCAGGAGACGGCUCGGGCGCUCGGGAACAAGAUCGCCGAGUUAAUCAUAUGUCCAAUUUACGCCAACUUGCCCAGCGAUAUGCAAGCCAAGAUCUUUGAACCAACGCCGGAUGGCGCAAGGAAGGUCGUGCUCGCUACAAACAUCGCAGAGACGUCAAUCACUAUCGAAGGUGUUGUCUUCGUUAUCGACCCUGGGUUUGUCAAGCAAAACUCGUAUAAUCCUCGUACUGGCAUGUCUUCCUUGAUCGUGGUUCCGGUAAGUAAUGACGCUGCUUUGUGCUUACAACUCAUUUCACUGUACAUCCCAGUGUUCUCGUGCAUCAGCCAACCAAAGAGCAGGCCGUGCAGGUCGGGUGGGGCCUGGCAAAGCCUUCCGGCUAUACACGAAAUGGGCGUUUUCAAACGAGCUCGAGGAGAAUACCGUACCUGAAAUUCAGCGGACGAACCUUGGAAUGACUGUCCUGUUGCUGAAAUCACUCGGGAUUAACAACUUCAUGGACUUUGAGUUUAUGGACCCACCUCCGGGAGAGACGCUUAUCAGGGCACUAGAACUGCUCUAUGC